UGCACAACGACUGGAUCUCUAGAACGAACGUAAACCACCUAAAACAUAAAGGGCAAGGUCAACCGAAGCCAACAUCAAAAUGGAAGCGAUCAUGGCCAUGUUCAACAUUUUAAACUAAUCUCAGGUUCAGACCCAGACAGUUCAAAGAAGUGGAAUAAUCAGAUUGUCAAGCAACCAAGAAUUGCCUUAAGAACGCCAUGGGGAACACCGGCACUAAAAGGGAAGGCAAGGAUGCCGGACCCUUAUCUCCAACAAAGGAAUCCCCAAAUACCUUUGACUUUGUUCCCAGCAAGACGGGAAUUCUUCAGCAGUCAUCAUUAGAUGAUAGUCUUGACUUACCGCCGGGAUCAUUAAAUGAAAUGUUGAACCGAAAGUCGGAGGUGCCUAUGAUGGAGCAGUCCCAGAUGAGCAAUAAACAUUUACCGGUGGUGUUCAAGUGGGAAGGUGGAGGAAAGAAUGUCUUCAUCUCAGGGUCUUUUAAUCAUUGGAGUAAAAAAAUACCUCUGAAUAAAAGCCAUGGAGAUUUUACUACCAUAAUAGACCUACCAGAGGGUGAACAUCAAUAUAAGUACUUUGUAGAUGGCCAAUGGCAACACAAUACCAAACAGCCAACUAGAGCCAAUGAGUUUGGCGCAAUGAAUAAUGUGGUCAAGGUGCAAGAUACAGACUUUGAGGUGUUUGAAGCGCUAGACAUUGACUCCUCAACAAGUGCUACAAAACACAGAAAUUUGUCUGGCUCCCCACCUGGUACAUACGGUCAGGAGAUACCAACCAGAGAGAUGCAAAGCAGUGUUGGAGGCCCGCCCAUCCUUCCUCCUCAUUUACUUAACGUAUUACUCAAUAAAGACGUUGGUGCUCAGUACGAGCCGACACUUCUACCUGAACCUAAUCAUGUCAUGUUAAAUCACCUGUAUGCGUUGUCAAUAAAGGAUGGUGUUAUGGUGCUUAGUGCAACUCAUCGUUACCGGAAAAAAUACGUCACCACCCUUCUCUACAAGCCUAUAUAAAAAGCUAAAGUAUGUUUGCUUUAUGUAUAUAUAUAAAUAAAAUAGGUCAAAUCAACAUAGCAUUGUUAACAGAGACUAUAGAAUGGUGGUUAUUUUCAAAGUGAUCACACAGUUUUUUUAAUGGUGCUUUCAGUGACGUCAAAUAAUUUUUAUUGUUUGAAAUCCCCUUAAAUCCUUUUGAGGAAGAUGUAUGUAGGAUUUUGUAGGAUGUGGGACAGUAGAUCUAAAUGACAAUUGCUUAAAUACCUAAGCCUCGCAUCUUGAUUAAGUUCUUGUAUUUUGGUGUUGAAUGACUGCAGAGUUGAGUAUCUUUUGGCAAAGAGGGAAUAAGUUGUUUUACUUAACCUUUGAUGAAAAGUGUCAUAGUUUCAUUCAGGAUAUUCGGCCGGCUUGGCCAUUUUCAAGAAAACAAACAAUCUGAAGUUUAUAGCAAGUGCUUUACUUGCUGUUUGAAUGUAAAAUUUAACCCUUAAUAUCGUGAAGAGUGACGUCAUGUAGUUUCAUCUGGAAUAAGAAGUCUAUAUCAAAUGCAGGCAGGCAGUUGUACAAACAAUUGAGAGAGAGAUUACAAAACCUUUCAGUCUGAGAAUGUUCUUCCAAAUUCCAAAACUUAUUGGCCACUUGGUAAAAAAAAACAGUAAAAGAAAAGAGCCCUGCCUGCAGUGUUCUGUGUGCGUAACAAUCCAUAUUGGAAAUAGACAUUCCGUGAUCUGCUAGACUAGUUUAUCAAGAACUGUUGCGCGUUAGGUUCGGAAACGUUUUGAAAAUGUCAACAGCAAUGACCAUUUGAAUAAUGACUACUUUUCUUGAAUUCAUCUGCCUGAAAUCGUCUUUGUGUCGCAUUUGUUUUGUGACAGUUACAGAAAUUGCAGUUUUCAUGUGUUAUCAAAUUGAAGCACUGAUUUUCCAUCAAGUGACAAGAUAGAUUGAUGAAAUUAUAAAUAGUGUAUAUAUAUUUCGCUCUAUAAAAGAAUUGUUGUUUUGGGUUUUAGGUGGUUUGAGAUAAGGUAUUUGUACACAAUUGAAUCCUGAUUUACUGCAGAUGAUAAAAAAAAAAGCAAUAUUUAUAGGUCGGCUAAAUCUUGUCGGAAUACUCUGGUGACCAUUAUAUUCUGCAAUUAUACUUAAAUCAUUUUUAGGUGUUAAGGGUAAAUAAAUCAAUUUCUAGUUUUACUCAUGAUUCUACUUGGAUCUAUCAUGUUGUGCACUUAAUCUAAUAUUUCCUUUUUUUCAUUUUGUAAGCGGGGAUGAAAUAUUCUCACUUGAUGUUCUCUGGUCUGGGUUACAACUUAUUUCCAGGAAACCAUAACUUCCAAAAUCUGUCUACAUUAUUUUGAAAGGGUGUGCAUUCGAGACAGCUUUUCGGAUAUGCAUUCGUGCACAUAUAGUCUUGGAGCAAGACGCUUUUUCUUUUCCUUUUACACACAGCGGCCAACUCACCAACAGCGCCCGCAUCGCCCGUUCAAGACUAGCGUGUAGUAUCAGAAAACAACCGGAUAAACAGCUCCAGCUGGUUAUUAUCAACCGUUUAAACACCCCCACGUGACGCGCUCCCCACAAAUAGGAAUAGCGAAACUGUCCGAGGUAUUUAUGAAUAGUUGUUUAUCAAAUCGUUUAUGUGGGUCACAUGCAUUGCCAAUGUUUGCCAUAGUUUGCAGAUGUGCCAACUCGUUUAUCCGUACAAAAUUAAUAACCAUUUUUAGUUGUUUCUUUGCUGAAAUACUUUUCCGUUAUAUGCAAAUUUCAAAGGCAAUGUGUUUGAGUGAUUGUUCAGUUUUGUUGUCAAGUACCUUCGUGUAAUAAAACAGUGGUUUAAACUGCAAGUAUACACAGUCGAACUUUGUUAUAAACAAGAUUGUUUGGACUGACCAAAUUACCUCUAUAUAUUGUAACAAGAGGACAGCAAAACAAAGAUACAGCAGAAAAUUAGAUUUGGGACUUCAGAAUCUAUUCUUUAUAUGAAAGCAGAAUAUUGCUUUUUAUAAACGAGGGUUUACUGUCAACAAUGUAGCAUAGUGCCCUAUUCCCAGUCACUCUAAAUAAAAUGUGUUGUCCUUAAGUGACUUGAAGUGGUUUAACUCUUGUGAUACAGUGUAGUUCAUUGUUAGCUUCCUACCCAUUCUAAGUCUCUGUUUGAUUUUUGCACUCUAUAAUAUAUUCAUAUUUGAACAGAUCAUGUUUUAAUAUGUUGUCCAGAGCCAACAUUUUAAGUGAAUAAAUCUUGCAGUUGGUGUGACAUA